AAUAAAAUCAAAAUUUCAAAGAUAAACAGUUUUUUUGAAUUUGAUCGUUUGCAGAUUUGCUUCUCUUCUUCGCAUAUUGUUGUUGCUCCUCUUUGAAAUUGCGAAUCCUUAUGUUGAGUGAAAUCUGUGAAUGGUUGUUUGAUGGAAGUUAACGGGAUUGCAGCUCGCUGGAUGGAGAAUUCGUGACAGUCUGUGUGUCGCGGUUAUUUAUCAGGCGCGAUUGAAACGGGAACCGAGUUGCCUGUUUGGCUUGUGAUUUUUUUCGACUCUGAUUCUCUGUUUUCUCGAUUCCAUCUCCUCUCGCCUGUUGGAUCUUCUGCAGUGAAGAUGGUGUCGAUUAAUACCCUAACGAACUGCGUGUCCGUCUUUGCCACGGUGACAACUAUCGGGCAGUUUCUUUCCGGAAUACCGUCGUGCAGGAAAAUCGUUCGCAAUGGGACGACGGGGGAGCUUUCGGGGCUGCCGUUUGUUGCGUCAAUGUUCAGUUGUGCCAUGUGGACACAUUAUGGAUUAUUGAAAGGCGAUACUCCCUUAAUUCUUGUCAAUUCUGUCGGAUUGGCGAUGCAGAUUGUUUAUAUUAUUGUUUUCUGGAGAUAUGCCGUAUCGAAGACCAGUGUCAAUCAGCAGAUCGUCACGUCGGUGGGUUCGGUGUUGAUUAUUGUGGCAUCCACGCGGCUUCUGACGGAUAAUUCCGAGGAAGCCGUCCUCUACCAGGGAUUGAUUUGCUGCCUGGCGACGUGCUUCUUCUGUGCAGCUCCUUUGGCCACCUUGGCGCAUGUACUGCGUACCCGCAAUACGGAAUCUCUGCCGUUUAUCUGGAUUCUGAUGACGUUCCUGGUGUGUUCAGAGUGGCUACUGUACGGUUAUCUCAUACAGGAUGUGUUUGUGCAGUUCCCUAACUUUGUGGGGAUGCUACUAUCGGGUAUCCAGUUGAGCCUGUUCCUCUUCUUUCCUAGCCAUGGAUCGAAAAUCGUCCCAACCGUGGCCAUACCUUAGUUUAUUUAGAUCUUCCGUUGUUUUUUUUGAAACUUUAUAUCAUUUUUUGCGUGUGGUUUGCCGAGUCAUUGGUUUGUGUAAGUAGAUGGAGUAUUGAUACGUCUAUGAAACUUUUGAAACUUAAUUUAUUUGCAUCUCUGUCUUUUACCCUUGUAUCAUCCGUUGUACGUACGUUGUUUCUAAAAGAUAUUUAUUUUAAUAUUGGCUUUCUUGAUAGAGUAGUUUGUAAGUACUUAAUGCUUUCCAGUGUGCUGUGAAGUACGGUAUUGAUAAAAGAACAUCCUCAUAUGCGACUGUGCACAUUUGAUAUAAAAAUGGC